AUGGGAACUGAAAAUACCAUCGCAGAGGCGGAGUUGGGGAUGAAGAUGGACUUGAGCCAUGAGGAAGUUGUCCAUAUGGCAGAGUUAACUGAGGAAGAGAAAGUUAUCGAGAAGAAAUUGCGCAAGCGGAUUGAUGCCCUGGUAAUGCCACUGGCUAUUCUGGUCUACCUGAUGAACUACAUCGAUCGCAACAAUUAUGCUGCAGCGAAGCUUCAGGGUCUCGAAGAGGAUCUCCACCUCGACGAUGCAAAGUACCAAACCGGCCUCUCAGUUCUCUUCGUUGGAUACAUUCUCAUGCAGGUGCCUUCGAACAUGCUUCUAAAUUAUAUGGGUCGACCAUCCCUGUACAUUGGAUUCUUUGUCUGCGCUUGGGGAUUGGUAUCGGCAGUGACAAGUCAAGUCACAACCUAUGGAGGCAUUGUAGCAUGCCGGUUCAUUCUCGGUUUGGUCGAAGCACCCUUCUUCUGCGCCAUUCUCUUCUAUCUGUCGAAAUGGUAUAAACGGCAGGAAAUGGCUUUCCGGAUGAGCAUUUUCUACUCCGGCUCCCUGCUGAGUGGCGCUUUCGGAAAUCUCAUCGCCGCUGGUAUUCUCAACGGUCUCGAAGGCCACCGAGGACUUUCGGCAUGGCAAUGGCUAUAUAUUAUUGAAGGUUCCAUUACCUGUGCCAUUGGACUGGUCAUUUGCUUUGUUCUACCUGACUUCCCGGAGACAUGGAAACUUCUGGCUCCGGAGAUGCGCAAAGUUGCCCAGCGACGUCUUGCGAUUGAGGCCGGCCAGGCCGAUGUGGAUGAAGGGGGUAGCAAAAGCCAGUUCGAGGGUUUCAAGCUCGCCAUGACUGACAUCAAGACCUAUGUAUUCGCCUUGGCGUUUAUGUGCAUAUCCGGAGCAGCGGGGUUCCAAAAUUUCUUCCCAACAUUGGUCAAGACUCUCAACUUGCCCGAGACCAUCACCCUAGUGCUGGUGGCACCCCCAUAUCUGUUUAUGGUUGUAUAUUCUCUUUGCCACUCUGUGGCUUCUGAUAGAUUGGAGAAGAGAUUCUGGUUCUUUAUCUACCCGAUCCCGAUCACCAUCAUUGGAUUCGUCAUCUUCAUGAAAACCGACUCUUUUGCGCCCCGAUACUUCUCGUUCUUCUUGAUGGUCUUUGUGUUCGCCCAGAAUGGAACUCUAUACUCCUGGCUGGCGAGCUCUAUUCCUCGCCCACCUGCCAAGCGUGCUGUUGCCUUUGCAUUUUUCAACUCAAUUGGAAAUAGCGCUUCGAUUUGGACCCCCUACACUUAUCUUGACAAAGAAAAACCUCAUUACGCCACGGCUAUGGGUAUUUGCAUUGCACUGCAGAUUAUCGGUGGUCUUGCGGCUCUCUUCCUAUAUUUAAAUUUGCGUGCGCUCAACAAACGCCAGGAGCGUAUGGAGAAUGAGGAAGUGCAGCUUUCUGAGAUGGACAUUCGUCGGCUUCAGGCUACUGCUGAGAUUGAAGGGAUUGAUAUUGCCGCUGCUAGACGGCUGCAAAAAGGUUUCCGCUAUGUGUUGUAA